UACAGUCUCUGCAUGUAAUAUUAAUGCCAUAAGAGUUGGGGAUUACUUCAUUUCAAAAUGCGUAGAAGACCCGAAGCCCAGUCAUCAAGCAAUGAGCCUGCCAAUGCUAAUAAAAAGAAUCCGGAUCAAAGACCACAAAGCCAAGCUGAAGGCAAAGGCAGAGUGUCUUACAGCUCUGUGCUCAUCAACAUUGGAAAGUGUUUGCUUUUAAUCAUCAUCAUCCCUCCGUUCCUCAACUAUGCAUCACUGCAGAGAGAAGGACAGAUGCUCUUGCCCAAAGAUGGCCAGAUUGUUGAUGUUGGUUUGGGUCAAAAGAUGCACCUUUUGUGUAAAGGACGAGGAAGCCCCGUCGUCAUACUGGAUGCACCGACUGGAAUGUCCUCAGACAUUUGGUUUCAUGUCCAAGAGAGUGUUGCCACACUGACAAAGGUUUGCACCUAUGACAGAAUGGGAUUGGGAUUCAGCAAGCGAUUGAUGCAGAAUGAGACCACGGGAACAGAGAAAGUUUGGGGGAUGUCAACGACCGGACGGAUGGUGGAUGAUCUGUACCGGCUCCUGGAAGCUGCUGCGAUAGCCAAGCCCUUCAUCCUGGUGGGCUCCGAGCUCGGUGCGCUCAACGGCAGGUUCUAUAGCCACAUUCAUGAUGUGCAAGUGUCAGACCUGGUGCUGAUUGAUCCCAUCCCAGAGGGUGUUUUUGAAGAGGACCAGUGGAAGGAGUACUGGUAUGGUAAGCUGCUGCCAUCAUUCCAAGCCAGGCAGUUUUCAGCAGCUACAGGGCUGAGCCGCAUGCUGAUCAUCCUGGGGGCAAUCGAACCGACUAUAAAAGGCCAAAAUGUCUCAGAGGAGGUCAUCCAGCGCCAGAAAUACCUGCUAAGUAACCCUGCCCAUCAAAGCAGUGCUGUAGAUGAGCAUUUCUUUCUGAACGAGAGUGCAGCUCAAGUAAGGGAUAUCACCAAGUUUAAGCCCCUGUCCAGCAGGACAUCAGUGAGCGUGCUCACUGGGGACUCCUUUGACGAACAAUUGCCUGAACACCUAAACCAAAUGGUUGCAAAGCUUCAAAAGAGGUUUCUGAAGGAAUCCUACCCAUCAGCCAAUCACAUUCACAUAAAAGGAGCAGACCGGCGAAUGAUCUACAAGAAGCCAUCUGCCAUCAGCCAGCACCUGAGGAAGCUAGUCAACCAACGACAAGCCAGACAGCAGAGCGAGUGACCCGCGGCCAAUAUGCAACUACACCUCAGAUAUGGAAAGAGUAAUGGUUGAAUAUGUUUUAAAUAUUCAAUAAAACACUCAAGUUAUCUUUUUUUUUUUUUUUACCUUUCUCUGCAGCAAUCUGUAGAGAUUGUCUACAUGUCUGCUAAGGUUCAUCAAGAAGUCAAUUUCAGAACAUAUUUUUGCACAACUCUGCUUCAUUGGAAGCUUUUUAAUUGAAGAUAACUGGAGGGUAUUCAGUGUGAUGAAAUAUUUUCUGUCUUAGAUUCAUCUUAUCUUUUAAGUUGUUAUUUCAGGCUCUUCACCUGAUUGGCCAGUGCAAAAAAAUUAAUACAUUAUUCCUUAUCAAUGUAAAGGUCACACACAUCACUGCUCAACCCAAUACUUUUUAUCUCAUUUAGUUCUGUCUUAAUAUUCUUCCAUGUUGUAGCCACAAGGAAUUCAGUUCUUCUUGAUGGGUUGCACGAGCUCCAGUUGUUACUUACAUACAGUUGAGCUACAUCACAACCAGACCUAGACUUCUUUUUUAUGACUUUUGGAAUUUACAGACAGACCUUUUUGAAAAUAAACCUUUAUGUCGUUUUGAGUCUAUUUGUAACAACACUUUUCUCACUCAGUUCAUCAGUUUUAUGUAGUAGUGUGAAAGAAAGACCAGACAGCAUUGGUUUAUCCUGAGGAUUUAAGUUUAAUUAUGACACCACAUCAAAAUAAAAAUUUCCAACAGA